AUGCUACAAAGGCAAGAUGGCUGUCAAGGAGGAGAGGAGGCAGCUAGCGUUACCCCGCCCCCUAACGACGUGACAGCGCUACCCGCGCAGAACCAACAGUCAUCUGUGACUAUCGCAUGCCGGAAUUGUGCUACUACAAUUACACCGCUUUGGAGACGAGAUGGAAACGACCACGUCAUCUGCAAUGCAUGCGGUCUGUACUACAGGCUCCACAGACUCCACCGUCCAAUAACGAUGAAAAAGGCCACGAUCAAGAGACGCAAGAGAGUCAUUUCUGCAAACCAGGAGGAGGAGGCCGAAGACGGAGAUGUGGAAAUGGAAUCGCGCAGCAACGAGACGAUACCGGAACGAGAUUCGGCUUCCGCCGUUGGCACCGAGGGAGGCUACGGCAAUGCUAAGCAGACGACGGAUCAGAAUACUCAAUUCCACCUUGGAGAUCUCUGGCUGAAUAAUACUCAUGAAAAGGAUAAAGAAGCAGAACGAACGCAGGUACUGGAGAGAGAGGCGGAAAGGAUUCGCGAGAUGCUUGCCGCUAAAGAGCGAGAGCUGUACAAACUCAGGACUGGCUGA